AAGAAAUCGAAUUUGAUAUUACGGAAAGGCAAUUAAAUAAUGGUUUUUUUGGAAUCAUUAGAGAAGAUGAAUAUUUAGUUCAAAUAACUCCAUCCAUUCGAGUUAUUACAAAACCAGGAGUUAAAAUAUGCUAUUAUGAAAUUGCAGUUUUUAAGAACAUAUCACUUCCAUUCCAAAUACACAUUAAAAAUAAAAUAACAGGACUUGCAUCUAUUGUAGCUACUGAAAAACUUAAUUGCCAACUUCAUCAACAAUAUGAUUUUAAUAUUACUGCAGUUAAAUGUGAAGGAAGUCAACCAAAAAUGUAUUCUCAAACUGUUCCAGUUCACAUUCAAGUUUUAGAUGUUAAUAAUUAUGAUCCAUAUUUUGAACAGCAAUCAUAUAAUGUUGAAAUGGAAGUAGGUAAAUUUUAUAAAAAAAUUAUACAGCUGAAAGCUAUUGACAAGGAUUGUUCAUAUGAUUAUAGCUCAAUAUGUUCUUACACAUUCAUAAGAGAUCAGACAUUUGAAAAACAUGAUAACAAUAGUGUGCACAACAUAUUUGAAAUAAAUAGUGAUGGUGUGGUAAGGAAUAUUAAACCAGUGAUUUAUGAUAUAGGUAAAAGCAUCAUACUAAAAAUUAUAGCAGAGGAUUGUGGUGGAAGAAAGUCAAAACCUGUUCUAUUAAUUGUCAAAAUAUUACCAAAUAAUACAUGUUCUAACUCUUGGACCUAUUUAUCAAAUAAAAAGUUUUAUACACCUCUAAAUGAAAUCAUGGAAAUUGUACCUGAUGCUAGAUUGCAUAUUUGCCAAAUACAAGAUUGUGAGAUUUCAGAACACAUAACCACUGUGAGUUUGGAUUCUCUCGCCGAUGAAAACGCUGCUAAAGGUUGCGAUCGAGGUGAAAAUAUCGAUAUAGUCCAUGGCAAUAUAUUACGGCGAAAAAUAUUGUAUUGUGCGACCCGGGCUAACGGUUCUUUUACCCAGGUUUUUCGUUCGAAUUACAUAACCGAUUUAAUGGAAAUAGGUCUGUCGAUCCAAUCCUUUGACGGGCUAACUCACUAUUUAGACGUCAACAGUUCGGGCACAAUUGAGUACGUUACGAAUUCUGAUUCUGAACUGUUAAUCGAUAAACCGGCACAUCAUUCUAACGGAUUGAAUACGAAUAUUGAGCCCAUUAUGGGCUUUGGUAUCAAUUUUAGUUUUCUAUUUUGGAUGAAACACGACUCUAAUAUGGAAUCCAAAAAAGAACACAUUUUUUGCCGAUCCGACGAUCAUUCCUUAAACAGGCACCAUUUAGCCGUUUUCGUCAAAAAUUGCAAGCUCGUUUUGCUGAUUAGACAGGAAGAAUAUCUGGCACUUCAUCACGAAUAUUUGGAAGGAUUAGACCGCAAAAAACUUUUCAGUCCCUCCGAGGUUAGGUGGAAACUUCCCGAAGUUUGCGAUUCUCGGUGGCAUCAUUAUGUUAUAAAUGUUAAAUUUCCCAACGAUUUCGAAUUAAUCCUAGACGGUAAAAUGUUCAAACCCAAUAAAAACCCCUUUUAUAGCAAUCGAAUCAACGUAGACUUUGACUCUCAUAACAAUAAUAACGUAAUCAAAACCGCCCGAGAAAUAGAGAACCCCCAGAUAGUCGACGAUUGGCCACUUCACAGUGAAUCGCACCGUUUUUUCGAUGAUUUGAGAAAAAUCGAGGGAAAAAAUGUUAAAGUUAGAACAGUAGUGGGCGCUUGUUGGGAAGGCAAAAGAGGGAGAAUGGAUAAGCACUAUAAAGGUUUUUUAUCGGAGUUGGUCUUAAUCAAGGGUUCCACAAUCGACAGAGAAACGGUAGCGGAUUGCUUACUCGAUUGUAAUGAGGGCUUAUCAAUGAAAAAUUACGAGGAACCACGAAUGAAUGGGGUAGAGCAUAUCGAUCGCGAGAAUUAUGAUCGAACUACUACUAAUAACCCUGAUUAUGAAUGGAAUGGCGAAAAUAAAGACAAAAUAUCGGAAACUUUAACGAUUAGGGCAUGGGAUAAAUACGAAAUGGAGAAGAAAGUGAGGGCCGUCAGAUUUGGCUACUCUUACAAGCCCUUCUGGAAUGAUUUAAUAUCCAACGAUGCUUAUAUCAUGAGACCUGUACCUGGAAUCCGGCGCGUCACUUUCAAAACUAUCACCGUGUGUCGCAAAAAUGGCACGGACCCAAAAUUUGAUCUAGAAACUUCGCUCACGGAAUUCACCCCUUUCGAUGUGGAAAUCGACGUAGCCGACUUUGCCAAGCUUCAUGAAAUAUCGGCUAAAGUAAUCACUGAUAAUCAAGGAGAUCUAGUUAGCCUUCAGAAAAAUAAGCGAAAUGAUUUGGUUGUCCAGAUCAACGAUAUAAAGCCUAGCGUUAAUUUGUGGUUGGAUAGUUCUGAAAACGUCGAAAAUCUUUAUAAUAACAAUGAAAUUAAAAUAUCACACAAUGACGUUAAACUUAUAUUACAACGAGAAGGCGAUGAUUCAACGGGCAUGAAGAUUGCGGACGAUGAAACUGUUAAUAUUAAUCGUAUAGAAGAUGGCCAUAAUGAUAAGUAUAUAGGAUCGAAAGAAGACAUACACCAAAAGGAUGGGAAAGUUGAUGCGAAUAUAAAUACAGAUGCAAUCGAAACCGUUAGUUACAUGUCUGAUGUAACCAACAACGGUGUUAAAUUAUUUAGCCACGUGACUCUGGCCCCCAUUCCCUCCAUAAAGGAAAACGUAAAUAUAUAUUAUCGAAAACCCGUGUCCAUCGAAAAUACUUUUAAAGUCGCUAAAUGCCAAAUUUCAACUUUGCUUAAAGCCUACUCUCCAUUUGAACAAGGCUUUUUUAUGCUGCCAGCUGAUCUAAUAUCCUCAUUCGGGCUCGAGUUUGAAAAAAUAACAGGGAAUAACCCCAAUGUAUACCAAAGACUCAACAGAAAAUUAGUGAAAGAUGGAAAAGAUCGAGUCAAAACGGUCUUGAUUAGGAACGACAACACCAUCAAAGCUUAUGCCAAAGUUAUCAAAGAACUGCGAUAUUUUCUUCCACCCAUAAUCGAUCACAAUGUGUCGAUGUUUCAAUCUAGCCGUUUAGAUUUGACCUUGAAAUGUUUUUACAACAUGGCGAAAAAUGAUAAUAAAUCAAAUAUAAAAGUAGAUCCUCAGUUAGCCACUAAUGAAUUAUCCAUUCAGCUUUUUAUCAAACCCGAUCUUUCUCGCCUUGUCCAUAUAGGUAAAACGAGAAAAAACUUAACAAAUAAGGAGCAUAAUGAGGAAAUCUCCAACAAAAGUUCUUCCAUCAAAAGAAUAAUUCCCUCAAAGUUGUCUAGGUCCAUUCAAAUCGUGGGUGGCGACCUUUCGCUUCCCAGAGCUUAUAGCCUGAUGUCCCAACCAUUAUCGGAAAAUGAUGACAACAUUAUAAGGAACCCUCAAAUAAACCUUAUAACGAUUGGUUCCGGGUUUUGUGUCGCUGUUGUUUUAUUGGCCCUUUUGACUCACGUGGCGCUUAAGCAUCGUCGUUCCGGUUCAUACCUUAAUGUUAGAAAUUUCGACGAGAAUGAAGGCCUCCAUGGUAACACUUUUAAAGGGAAGUGCGAGAAAAAUUUUAGUGACUUUGGAGAUAGGAGCGAGUACGGGCAUUUAAAUAAAUACGAUGUCGAAAAAGGGGACACAUCGAAUCUAUCGAAACUAUUGAGAGCUGCGCCAGUUUCCUUCAUCAAAAGAGCUUUCAAGAACAGUAAUGCGAGUUACUAUAGUGGCCUUGAUAAAGAUGGUGCGCGAGAAAGGAAUCACAUGAUUGGGGAUAGUUCUACUAAGAAUUAUCAACCGCUCAAUAGUUUACCGUAUCCUAAGAGUUCUAUCAUUACCGCUGACCCAUCCCACCGAACAACUCGAAAGGAAUUUUUUUUAGCUGGAUUUACAAAAUUGAUAACCCUGGGUAAACGCGCUUCUAAAACUGCCGAGGAAUUGGAUUGGGAUGAUUCCUCAUUCCCUCGCCUGCAGGUCACUGUCAACCCACUUUGUAACGAUAGUUCUUUCGAAAGUGUGCCCUUAGGAAAUGACAAUCAAAAUACACCGAGGAGUGAAACCAAAUUUGAUUCCUAUACCACCCUCUCACCAGCCAGUGACUUAUCCUCAAAAUUAAAUUCUAGUAAUUCCAAUAAUAAGAAAGUCAUCACCGAUGAAUGUGAAAAUGAUUUUGAUGAUUUCGAUAUUGAAAGCGAUUGUUCGUCUCCCUCUGUAAUCUCGAAAUCAUGUUGUUCUCAUGAUUCUUGCGAUGAAUGUGAACCCGAUAGGAAAGAAUCUAAAUGUUAUCCACUUUCAAACCAAAACGUCGACAUUGAUGAUGGUGACAAAUCGAAUCAUGAUAACCUUAAUCAGAAUUCUUUCCCCUUAUCCACGCAUAAGCUGAACGGUGAUACCAAAAAAUUGCAGUUAAAUGGUCAAAAAUUUAAACAUUUUUUAACUCAAAGAGUCAAAAGAAUGCUAGAUACGGAUCCUAACAACGUUAACCAUAAAACCAAUGUUAAUCUUACAAAAUUGAGCUCUUCCAACAUGCAUCAAUCUUGUCCCAAUGGCGAAACACUAUUUGAUUCGUUAACUAAUAAAAAUACUGUUCGUAAUUUCAAAAACUUUUCCUAUUCUCCCAACACCGAUAUAAUCAAUUAUUCACCCGAGAACGGGGAAAACAAGGAAUAUUUAACUAACAAAAAAAAUAACUUGUCAUUGGAUACUGGGUUAGAGUGGGACGAUUCUAUGUAAAUGUGUAUGUUUGUUUCUUUUAAAAAUUUUUUAAAAUAUUAUUUUAUGUAUUAUUUAUUUUAAAAAUUAAUCGCUAUUUAAGAUCUCAUAUGUAAAAAUUAUAGAUCUUUUUAGUUAUUUGUCACGUAAUUUUUUUAAAAAAUUCUCAUAUCUGCUUAAAAGUUUAUCAAAAGAAUCUUUAGAAUCUCAUUUUUUUAACAGUCAUUUAUUGAAAAAAUCUCAUUUUGCAUUGUUUUACUCAAUUUAAUUUUGGGAAUACUAUUUAUUCUGUAAAAGUUUAAAACCAAAUUACUAUCUAAUUGUAUUAAUGAACAUCUUGUUAAUAGUAUUAUGCUUUUGUCGGCAUUUAUAUAUAUAUAUAUUUUACAUAAUCAAACCAAUCAUGACUUCUAAAUUUAAUUUUAUUAAUUAUUAUGAUUUAAAGAGAAAAUAUACAUAGCGAUUAUAUGAUGGAUAAAAUUCUAAAGUAUACUUUUGAAGCUUUUAUUGACUUAUUUAUGUAUUUUUUAUAUUACGAUGAUGUUUCAUUAUACCGCCAGCAAGCUUAAAACGUAAAAUUGUCUCCAUUUUUUAAUUUAGAUUAUUUUUGAAUGUAUUUUAUUUUUUUUUUGUAAAAAUAAUUCAAUUUAUGAUAUAAUUUAGUAUAUAAAUAUUUUUUAGGAUAAAAUAAUCACGAAAUUAGUUAUAAUAAAUUGUAUUCAAGGAUA